GGUUAUUCAACUUGGUUAAAUAAUAAAUUCUACAAAAACAAAUUCGCUGCCUACUCGCUAACUUACUACUAACUAGUAUUUCAUUUUUAUUAUUGCUAAACCAUAUCUCUUCAAAUUAAUUAUAAAGGUACAUUAACGCUUGAUAUGUUAUAUUAAAUCUUAUAGAAGUGUGAAUUAAAAUUUAAUUUCAAAACUUCUGAAUAAAAUAUUAUCAUCAUGAGCGACUGGAAUACAGUGACAAUAUUGAGAAAAAGGCCACCGAAGCCUUCAACCAUGAAAUCUGAACAGGCCAUCAACAAAGCUAGACGUGAGGGUGCUGUAAUCGAUACUCAAGUAAAAUGGGGUGCAGCUACUAAUAAACAUCAAGUUACAACAAAAAAUACUGCAAAAUUGGAUCGGGAAACUGAGGAAUUGAAACAUGAAAAAGUGCCAAUUGAUUUAGGCCGUCUUAUACAACAAGGGCGACAAGCCAAAGGUUAUAAUCAAAAAGAACUGGCUACUAAAGUUAAUGAGAAACCACAAGUAAUUCAAGAUUAUGAAGCUGGACGUGGAAUACCUAAUCAAUUAGUUAUUGGAAAAAUUGAAAAAGUGCUUUGUAUAAAAUUAAGAGGAAAAGAUCGUGGCCAAGCGCUUCUGCCCCCUAGCACCAAGAAGUGACUGGCUUGGGGGAGUAUUAACUCAAGUGUCACUAAUUUCACAUUAAAUACUAUUAAUUAUGCUUUAAAUAAAAAAAAUUGUUGUGACAAAAAAAUUACCUUCUAUUUUAAUUUAUUUACCUUUUUAUUAAGUUUAAGCUGGUAAUACAAAUAAUGUAAUAUUUCAUUACACAAUAAUUUUUUUUUUGUAAUAAACAUUUUUCAUAUUCUAGCAUAUUUUUAGUUUUGUGUUUAUCUUGUUCUUUGGUAUUCUAUAUUAAAAGCACAAUUUUAAAAUAAAAA